AUGGCUAACCAAAGAGAAAUUCUCAAAAACGCUCUCAUCCUUUUCCUCUUUACCUUAACCAUCGUGACAAAAACCGCGUUUUCGCAAAACUGCGGUACAACCGGUUGCGCAGGCAACCUAUGCUGCAGUAGAUAUGGCUAUUGUGGCACCACACCAGCCUAUUGCGGCACAGGAUGCCGAAGCGGACCUUGCAGCUCUGGAACCACACCAGCUCCUAGCGGCGGUGUGGGCGGUCUGAACGCUGAUCCUCGUGAUACCAUUGAAAACGUUGUCACACCAGCAUUUUUUGAUGGUAUCAUGAGCAAAGUUGGAAGUGGUUGUCCAGCAAAAGGGUUCUACACUCGUCAGGCUUUUAUCGCGGCCGCUCAGUCGUUCCCGGCCUAUCAAGGAACUGUAGCUAAGCGUGAAAUUGCGGCCAUGCUGGCUCAGUUCUCUCACGAAUCUGGAAGUUUUUGUUACAAAGAAGAAAUAGCGAGAGGAAAGUACUGCCAAGCGAGCACGGCCUAUCCGUGUCAAGCAGGGAAGAACUACUAUGGUCGCGGUCCGAUCCAAAUCACAUGGAACUACAACUACGGUGCAGCUGGAAAGUUCCUAGGACUCCCUCUCUUGACUGAUCCAGAUAUGGUGGCUCGUAGCCCUGAAGUGGCCUUUAAGUGCGCAAUGUGGUUCUGGAACCAAAAUGUUCGUCCAGUCCUGGACCAAGGCUUUGGAGCCACCACGAGGAGGAUCAACGGUGGCGAAUGUAACGGUCGUCGUCCUGCGGCAGUGCAAAGUAGAGUUGAUCGUUACUUGGAGUUCUGUAGGACGUUUGGGAUCACUCCUGGAGCAAAUCUUAGUUGUUAA